AUUUCAUGAAAUGGUUGGUAUUUUUCGUGUACUUUGAGUAAAAUCGACUCGGAUAUUUUAUCGAUCAUCAACUUGUUGCGUACGUACAGUCAUAAUAUAGAGCUACAUAAUAAUACGUGCAUACUCGUAACCGUAACCGAAUACCAUUUAGUGAAUUAGUGAAUAGUUAAUUAUGCAAAGUUUUCUCAGAGGCUCUGAAAACCACACUCAUUGGAGAGGUUUCAAUUUACGCCAUAAUUAAACUUCAACAUUGGCGCAAAUGUAGGAUUACGUAUUGCUGAAUAACAACUAUUGAUCGCAUCACACCAAGACGAAAGUUGUCGCCUUAGACGACUGAUUUGAUUUCCAAGAUGAACAGUCAAAAUCAACCCCAACCGCAACAACCAUGUGUCGUUCCUGUGAACCCAAUUCAACGUUUGUCGCAAUCGCCAGCCGUAUAUUCUGGUCCGAAUACUCCCAUCAGAACAGCGACUUACACACUUGUCCAAACUCCGUCAGGAUUUACCAAAAUCCUCUCAGCUUCCCCCUCUGCCAACAAUGAUCAACAACAACAACUCCCUUCACCCAACUUGAACAAAAGCAACUUCCGGAUUGUUCCCCGACAAAUGAUGAGCGCCGGUGGGCAGGUUCGAUAUGUGGUGAAAGGCCUCAGCCUGAAUACACCAAACAGGUUGAAAAUGAACAUGAAUGGUGUUGGCGUCAGACAACAGUAUCAGGUACAACAACAACCAUUUGGGAAGCAGCGACAGGGGUUGAUUAACGUGGGGGGUAUUCCGGCGCUCAGGAUGAUUAAUCCACAACAGGCCCAACAACCUCAGCAGCAGCAACAAGCACAGCCAGUCACUUUUAAGAGAAUGAUGGUCAAUCCGGAUGGCAAUUUAGUUGCGACAAAGAAAAUUCCCGUAGUAAGAGUUGACUCCCCUGUAUCAAUUCAUAGUGGUGGGCCAGCUUCAUUGGAAUCUUCACCAAGAAAAACCACAAAUACGCCCCCAUCAUCAUCUGCACCAAAACCUGCGAAGCGAAAAAAUAUCCAAAUGCGACUUCGUUGCCGAUCUCGACCACUGCCACUGCACGCUACGUAUUUCGAAAAUAAUGAAAUUGUGGAUAAAGAUGCUGAUGUCAUAUUUCUCUGUGGAGAUGGAGGUCGUGUCAAGGCUCACAGAAUUAUCUUGGCUACACAAUAUAAAUUAUUGACUACUGCAUUUAUCGACCAGCCUGCUCAUGAGAUCAGCAUGGUCUCUGUCCCCGACAUUACCAGCGACACGAUGAAACUCAUCAUUCUCUUGGCUUACAAGAGCGACGUUGUCAUCAACUCGGAUCAAAUUGAGAAAAUGAAAGACUUCUUCGAAAUGUUUGGAAUUGAUUUUAGCAAUUUGGCUGUCGAAAGUAAUGGGAAUGGGAGGAAGAUGGACGUGAAGCCUGGAAAGGUGACGGACGACAUUGGACGGAAUUAUGAUGGGGGUGUUGAAGGCCAGCGAAGAAAGUUGGUCCCAUCCUUUACUUCACAACAACUCACAAAUUUGCAAAAGAACAAGACUGUUGGCAACUAUAGGCCGUCAUCUUCAGGACAUUUAGAUUCGGAUGAAUAUGCUGAGGGAUAUGUUAUGGAUUCGCAGGGCGAAUUAUACUCAUCCGAUUCUGACGGCGAGCAAACUUUUAAAAUUCAAGGUUAUCCUAGUACGCCAAGAAAUGAUGGUAACAUUGAACGUCGUAAAUCAAAGCUCACCCCCAGAAUUGAAACUGAGACUGCUGAUGUACCAGACACUGAAACUGAUGAAACCUUGCUAAAGGAAUGGAUAGACAUGGUUGGAAAGACUGAGCCAGAUCCAAAACGUCCUCGAAUUAUUGCAAAACCAAAACUCCAAUGUAAAACUUGCAGUGCUACGUUUUUUAAGGAAUCAGCCUGGAAAUGGCAUCAAGAUCGCCACGUCAGACAUGGAAUCUACAAAUGUUCUCUUUGCGACGAACUGAAAACGACCGCUCGCACCAUUUGGAACCACGAAGAAAAUGUUCACAACUUUAUUGGAUUACCACUCGCUGAAAUUGAAGAAUCGCCCAUUGCACCUCAAACAUCAGGAAGACCUCGCUUACCACCUCAGCAACAAAGUAAACCUAAAUUGGUCCCUCACAAUGUCCUCCUCGCUCAAAAAAUGGCUCAAUUGAAGCGAAUGAACCUUGCAAGUAGCCAAGCAAACAAACUAUCCGGUAAAAUUCUCCGCACAUAUAAAGGAUUUCCACAAGCAAACCACGCCAUAAAAAUUGGAGAGGCGUCCGAGUCUGGAGAACUAGACGCAAAAAAGAUAAAGCAGCUUCAUUGGCUCUAUGUUUGCGCGAGAUGUGACAACUGCUCCGACUCUGCUGACAAGGCUCUAUUGCAUUUCAAGAAAUGUUAUCCUACUGGCGAAUCUCUCUUCGAAUCCACCGUUACAAAAUAUCGCCAAGGAUUUUACGGGCGAACCAAAUGUCCACUCUGUCCACGAAAAUACGUUUCAAACGGAGGAUGGACAAUUCAUGUCGGCCACCAGCAUCAAGGAUACCGACAACUAUUCUCACACACUGGAAACUUGGAGGAUAAACUGAAAUGUACCAAUUGUAACAGGAAGUUUGGAUUCCCUGAAGAAUUUCACUUUCAUCUCCACCAAGGGGUGGAGUGCAUAAAUAACCCCAUCAAUGAGGAAUCAAUGCCCUUGCUGACUGCCAACAGAAGCAUAUCACGGGCUGAAGCCAGUGAAGCAGCAGAUGCAAUGGUGUCACCACCAUCAUUCUCGUCAUCUGACAAUGAUCGCACAAAAAAGAUCCAACAUAAAGGAGCCGUUCUUGCUGCCGCUGCUGUUGUUAAUAAAAAAGAGGACAAAAAUACCACUGCUAAACCGGCGAAACCACAACCUGUCAUUCCAACUCCUACACCUCCAAGAAGUGCUCGAAUUGCUAAGCGUGCGUCUGCACUAUUGAUGGCCAAAGUUUUAAAUGAUCAAGAGGACAGUGACGAUGAGAAGGAUCGAGUUCCUGUAAAACGACGAGCAUCUACUGCCGUUGCUGCUGCUGCUACUGCUGCUGUUUCGCAACGUGAAGUGCCUCCGGCAGAUUGUCCAUUCUGUGGUGAAUCUGUAGCUAAUAUUUCACAGCAUUUGGCCAUCGAUCACAAAGAUAUGGAUCUCAGCGUUGAACGGAUUUCUGAAGAAGACUUAAAGUGUUGCCGAUGUCGAAUGACUUUUGGAAUCCCAGAUUUGUUUGGGCAUCCUGGAAUUUGCCGAAAAGCUUCACAGAAGGGGAAAGACGAGGAAGCAAACGUGUCCACGCCGGUCGAAACACCGAAAUCAAGUAACAAAAGAGAGAAAACUGUCCAUGAGCCAAUUGAGAUUCCUGCUGGGGUUGGUUCCUCCUCAAUUGAUGAGAUGGAAUACAGUCUGGACGAGCUAAUGACUAAAGAGGUACUCGAGAAAGCAUUGAAGUGUCCCGUGUGCAAGAAACAAGGUGGACGAAUGGGGGAUAUAUCAAUCUGUCUCAAGCAGCACGGAAUAAUGAGAUGUUCUCUUUGCUUCAAUACGUACUCUCAACGAGAACAUUAUGACCAGCACAUGAAAAAGUGCCACUAUGCCACCGGGAGUCGAGCAAAGUGUCUCUACUGCCCGGACAAAACGUUCACUAAUAUUGGACAAUGUGUGGGACAUUUGCACAACUUCCACUGGGGAGAAGUACUGCAAAAACCAAAAAGAGGGGGGAAAGCCGCAGCAAAAACAAACAAGCAAGCGAGGGGUGUAGAAAAGGCUGAAUCAGAGGGAGUUUUGACGCCUGGAGAAGGUUCAAAAAAUGAUACCGAGAGUAUUGAGGAUAACUCGGCUCAAUCGAAGGGAGACGACGUUCCCGAAACUACUGAGGAAUUGGGACGAACUGAUGAAAAGGAUGAUGAUGGAAUCGAGCUUGACCAGGAUGAGGAAGCUCCAAUGGAUGUGACUGAUUCUACAACUGUGACGACCACGGACACAUCUCAUGAUGACGAUGAUUCAAAAACUGAAGACGUCUCACAGAUUGAUGACGAAAAUGAUAACGAUGAGAAAGAACGUGAUGAUGAUGAUGCAGAUGCAAUCAUGGGCGAAAUUAAAAGCGCAACCCCGCCACCACCACCAGGAGAAACUUUAGUAAUGGCCAAGAAGUCAGUCGUGGCUCCACUGAUUGAUUAAUAAUGACGAUGAUUUACAACGAUGUUGCUUGAUUAAUUUAUUAUUUCUACCUAAUUUUGAAAGAUUCUUUGUUUCUUUUGUGUUCAUUUUCAUGAGCACUAAAAAUACAUGCGUCAGUAGUAAUUCAUAUAAAUACAUACAUAUAAUUUGCAAUGAUUAUAAUGCUUUUUUUAUAAUGGUAGAUCUCUAGUAUAUUUUAUUCGAUAAAACAAUGAUAAAUAUAAAAAUUUCCUUCAAAACAACAAUAUAAUGACUUUCGAAGAUGACUAUGAUUCCUUGAUGAAAUUUUUUUCUCAAAUGAUCUUGUGGGAUUUUUCUGUGUAACUUCCAAUUUUUGUACCUCAUAUUCUUGAUUUAUGUUUCGGCUGGCUACUUACAAAUGUUUUUGUGAAUCUGUCACUAAAAUACAGCUUUUAUUUUACGUUAUAUUUUUUGAGUAAUGUAUCCUCCAUGAUACUUAAAAUUAUAAUAUUUAUACAUUAUUCAUUUCUUAUAAUGCUUCUUGUAUUUUCUUCUAAAGCUGUAGAUGAAUAAAAUUUUAAAAUGCAA